GGCGCGCCCACGCAGUCCCGACUCUCUCCCAGACUACAUGUCCCGGUGCGCUCCGCGGGUGCGGCCUCCCGCGCGGCGCCGCGGUUGCUAGAUAACACCGCGCCAACGACGCCAGCCUAGCGAAGGGCUGCGGGCUGUGUACAGCAGGUCCCCAGGCCCGGCGGGCGCUGGGACCUGCGGUUCACGCGGAGCCAGAGAAGACCGGCGGCGCAGGGUCCUGCCCAGGAAGAUGGCCUACUAUGGAAGAUGCAUUGAGAUUGUGAUAGAGCAUCUGGGCAAAUUUAAACCUGAGAAAGAUAGUCCUGAGCUGUUCCUAGAGGCUGCAUCUACCUCCCUGCAGGCGCUGAAUGCCCAGAAGCAGACAUUUGCCUGGGAGCUCCUGUCUGGCUGCCUACAGUACUGGAAGCUCCUGGCCAUCGUAGUUGAUGCCUUCUAUGUGCGGGAUGGCCAGCUCUGCCUAUGGGCUGACUACAGCCUCUUCCAAGUGCUCUGCUACCUGGCAACCUUCCAGUUGGAUGAGCUUGGCUUCCAGCUCUUCUGCAGCAUUGUCAAGAUCCUGCCUAUGGGCAAGACGUGUAAGUUCCUCAGAUUCCUCUUCAACCCCUUAAACCUGUGUUCCUGGAUCAAGGAUGAGUGGAGCCUCAUCUACACGGCAGCCCACGUGCAGGAGAACUGGAUCGAGCCCCUACUGAGGUGGCAGCCGGAGGUCCAGGAUCUGCUUGACCAGCUGGAGGGGGGAUCUGCCUACCAGGCCACUCUCACCAAGGUCAAGGCCAAGGUCACAGAGCCUCGGGAAUUCCACCUGACUGCACCCCGGCCCCGCGCCAUUCCAGUGCCUGACCCAGUCCCCACUGUGGCUAGGCCAAGACCUGUCCCUCGGAGCACCUACCAGGAGCCCAAGGAGCAACAGCGGCUGCAGCUGGUCAAGAGAUUCAACCGCCUAAGGGCCGAGGAGCUGCUGCUGCUGGCCAACAAGGAGGAGCUGCGGUGUGCCAUGCCCAGGUCCCACGGGGAGCCACCCACACAGGACCCCAAGAAGCAGCUGCAGCUUUCAUCUGCCUUGUCCCACAUCAGGAAGACUCCCAAGCUGACCUUCUACAGGCCUGUCCACAUUCCCGUCAAGCUGAAUGUGGCUGCCAUCCUUCGGGGAGGAGCCCUGUACCAGCGCCAGGUGGAGAAGGAGCUGAAGAGGGUUGACAAGCUUGUGGAUGGGUGUGGGGACCUCUCUGAAUUCCUUGAGUGGCAGGAGAGGAUGCGGGCGAAGGACCAGGCAGAACAGCUGGCCAUGAGUGAAUGUCGCAGGCUGCAAGGGAAGCUGAGUCAUGAGGAAGCUAUGCUGGCCCGGCAGCACGUCCUGCAGGAGAACAAGCAGAAGGCAGACCGGAAAAAGGAGCAGACAGUGGAGCUGAUGCUCCAAUGUGCCGAACAACGCCUCCAGGAGGAGAGGGCCAUGAAGCAGCUGGUGGAGCAGGUGACAGAGGCACAGAAGAAUGUCAAGGUGGCUCAGCUGAAGCUGGUGAAGAGCCGGCGGCAAAUAGUCCAGGAGAUGACCGAGGAGAGCCGGGAGCUGCUGCAGCACAGUAUGAAGGCAGCCGAGAUAGAGCAGAGGCAGCGCAGCAAGCUGAUCUCCCAGUUGCGCGCGCUGGAGACACAGCCCUCACGCAGGGGCAAGCUGGUAGACCUGACCCAGACCCCUGGAUAUGGCCUGGAAGGGGAGAUGUCCAUGGUGGAGCUUCAGGAGCGACUGGCCCUGCUCAAGGAGACACAGAAGCAUGAGGAGGAGGAGAGGCGGGAUCAGAUCAUUUGGGACAAGCGCAUCAAAAGCAAGGAGCUACAAAACACUGUGGAACAGAUAUCCCUGUGCCGCAAGGCUGUGGGUAGAACCGCGGCCCUGAGGUGGGAACGGAAGAAGGCGCAGAUGGCCCCGGUGACAGCCCCGGAUGAGCGCGUGCUGGAGCUGCGACGCAAGAUCGCGGAGAGGACGGCCGAACGCCUCGGAUACACGGCCUCGUCGCACGUGCCGGCGCCUCGGACUGCGCGCCCUCGGCCCCGAGCGCAGCUGGAGGCGCAGCACUGGCAGGAGCUGGAACGGAGCCGCGAGCGCAAGGUGCGGGGCAACGCGGAGCCCGUGCGCCGCCUGGAGUCCAGACUCCACUGGCAUCUUAACCCGGAAGCCGGCCCUCUCGGCCCAGACCCGUGUCCUUCCCGGCGCCUGCGCCCUCGCGUCAUGGAAACGCUGAUCUCCCUUUCCCCUCGCCCGAAGCCUGGGAAGCCCUAGCCUAGCUGCCUGAGCGCGCAUGCGCCUGCCUGGCCCUUCCCACGCCUGUUCUCCCGGAGUCCUCGGCGAUGGUGGGCGCUUGGGAACUGUCGCCCCCUCCCGCUCUGGGACAAGACCACCCGAGCUCAGAACACGACCUCCCCAGCGCGCCAGGACCCAGCGUUGCUUGGGGGAGUUCCCGGAGCUCUCCCUUCACCAUCACCUUAGGAGCUCGAAUUCCGCGGGGUGGGAGCCCCAGGGGGCCGGGGCAGCCGGGGGGUGGGCGGGGAGGCGGUUACCCAGACCUCACGCGGCCGGGGGGCGUGGCCUUGGGUGUCAAAGCGCGCUGGUCCGCGGAGCGGGGUGGGGUUGGGAUCUGGAGACUGCAGAGUGGGUAGAACUCGAGGAGAGGGGCGUCCGCCCCUCAGCUUGUCCCAGACCUGCGCAGUAGAUGGCAUCUCAGGAGAAAGGCUGAGCCCAUGGGACUAACACCAGGUGGUGAACCUGGAGUCCUGCUGCAAUAUUCCAGCUCCUACCAGGACCUCAGGACUUUUCCACAACCCCAUGGGUGAAGAGAGGAAUUCCCAUCUCGCGGUUGAAUCAGAGCUGGGAGCAGAUAAACUUUCAUUUUAGGAAAUAAAAAUAACAUUUCUUGUAA